UGCCGCGGUUUGCAUUCCGUGGCGAAAAUUCGAAGUGAACAGUUUAUGUAAAACUAAUGCGAAAGUUUUUGUUUUUCCGAUUUGAUAGGAGAAUUGCAUAAGCUUGUAUUUCUUUUUUACUUUAUUAACGGUUAUGGAAGGAAAUAAAAGGAAAACGCGUCAGCGCAACCGACCAAGAAAUAAGGCGAAUCGUUUGAAGGAGGAAUCAGGUCGGAAAGAAUUUAACGAAGAAUUAGUUAAAAGUGCCGUGAACGAAGGGAAAAUUAACGGUGCCGAAGAAAGUACCGUUACGAAUGUGCAAGCACAGGAAAUACCGGUUAAAGAUUCUAGAGUUGAAAGUUGCAUAGAUCAAACGUCAUCCACGAGCCAAGACCAAGUGGUGUCACAAACUAUGUUUGAUCAAAAUGAAAGUUUGAAAAUAUUACAACAAAUGAUACGUGCAAAGCUUUUACAAAAACAGCAAAAUAGUGAGCAGAAACCUAACACAAAUUGCGUUGAUGAAAAGAUAAGCAAAAUAAACCAACAAAAGGGUUCGAAUUCAAGUAAAGACAAAGUGAGCGGAAAUGCAGUAGGUGUGAGAGAAUUAGUGACAACGAAAAGUUCGCAGGACAACAAAUUAGCUGAGCAAAGUACUUUUGUUGCUAAUUUACAAAAGAAAUUGGAAAGUUCUGUGGCUAACGGUAGCACCGAUUUGCCCAACACUUUGCUGGAAAACUUACAAAAACUACUCAACGAAGGGCCACUAAGCGAUAUUGCAUCUUCAGAUGAUGAAGAGGAUUAUGUUGAGUACAUUUUCAAACCGCGCCAGCAUUUUUUGGUAGCUCUCUGUAGUUUUUGCAAAAAUGAGCUGGCAACACAAACGAAAAUUCCCUGCAAUCGAUGCAAUUUGGUAUACUACUGUACGGCGGAGCACAUGAAAGGCGACGUGCAGCAUCGGCAAAUUUGUUACGCCUUACAGCAAGUGGCAGAUGAGUCUGGCGGACACAUUUUUCGCAAAUGUGGUGAGUUCACAGCUGAACAAUUUCGUUCUUAUCGCAUUGUUACAAUACGCAAAAUAGAGUCAAUAAUAAAUCGUCCUUUGACUGCCACCGAGCAAGAGGUGAUAUUGUUUCCACGCAUUUGCUGUAACGGAUCUUGUCGUGAAUACAAUUUUAAGAAACUUGUGGAUUGCGAACAUUGUGGGCAGGCAGCGUAUUGUCGCGACAAACCGGAACAUUUAAAUAAAUCACAUGACCAGUGGUGCGAAUCCCACCAACUAUUUAAGAAGUUGGAGUUACUACAGGCGAAAUUUGGACAAAUCGAACCAGCAUUGCCUAGUAAAAUACUUCCUGAUAUACCGGGCGCAUGCUGUAACACUAAACAGAUUCUCACCAAAUUAGAUUGCGCCGUCCGCGAUCCUUGUGAAUUCGCUGCGCUCAGUCAGAUUUCUACGUGCCCAUUAACUGCUUGGUUUGCUUUAAAGUUAUGUGGUAAUUUAAAGAAAUCGGAAGAAGUAACUGUGCACCUCAUUGGCGCCGAAAUCGAGUUCGAAGUGGAUGCCUUGCAUAAGUGGGAGCUUUUCUUCUUGCAUAUAAAUCCCAAUACAACAACUCUUAACGUUGUUUUCAUUGGACCUGAGCUGAAUCAGGGCAACGUUCCGUUUCAGCAAUUAAUGAAAACUAAGUGUUGCAAAUCAUGUCGAAAAUUGAAGCGCACGGUGAAUUAUCGCUUUCAAAGUCAGUUGUACCAUAAUUACUGCAGCCUACCAACGUUUCUUCCGCCCGAUCUAAUUUGCUUUUUCAAUGCUGGGUUAUACCGUUAUAAUGGAUUCCAAGUGGAGGAUACAUGGCCUGAAACAAUUCGAGUCGCUACCAAUAUAAAAUGCCCAAUAGUGGUUACUUCGUACACAGAGUAUGAGUCACCACUGGACAUUUCACGUUUGGUGCAGGAGUCCAGCCGUCAUUUGAAUGUAGUUUUACCGCCAACCUUGAAUCCUUAUGCGUCUAAAAAGCCUGAGCGGAAUUUUAUUUCAGAUGAAGAUGCCCCCCUAAUGUUUAAGAAUUAUUAUUGCUUUGUAAUUGAAUAA